AUGAUAUCUGUAGGAAUAGACAUAUCAAAAGAUAAAAUAACAGUUUGUGCAUUAGAAGAAGGAAGCAAAAUAAUUUGGAAACCAUUUGAUGUAUAUCUAAACAAAAGUAAAGUCGAAGAACUUCUAGAAAAACUAGAAAAAAUAAAAGAAGAAGUAAAAAUAACAAUGGAAGCAACAGGAAAAUAUCAUCUACCAAUACUUUACGAACUAAAAGAAAGAGGCUACUUUGUAGCAGUAAUAAAUCCAUUAAAAAUGAAACAAUAUUGCCGAGCAAUAAACUUUAGAAAAGCAAAAAAUGACAAGAUAGACGCAAAACAAAUAGCAGAAUAUGGACUAAUGUACUGGAGAGAACUAGAAGAAUACAAAGUAGAUGAAGAAAACUACCGAGUCCUAAAAGAAUUAAACAGAAGCUACCAACAUUAUAUGGAUCUAAGAAUCAACCAAAUGAACUACAUAGAUCAAACAAUACAUCAAACAUUUCCAGGAAUAAAAAAACUAAUACCACAUAACUCAGGAGACUUUUCAAAAGACAAACUAAUAGACUUUUUAGAAAAAUGGUGGCAUAAAGACCUAGUAUUAGAAAAAAACAGAAGAAGAAUUUGUAGAAGAAUAUAA